AAAGAAUCCUCGAACGGUUAUAUUAUCAACGGUCUUCGUAGGGAAACGGAUGAUGUACAUACAAUGCCAAAGAAGAAGAGAUCUACCACUGGUGAACGACGUAAGUACCAUAGCUAUCAAACAAAGAAAAAAUGUCAGGAGAAAAGUAAAGACAUAUUGUUAGACUAUGCUGCAAUAGAGAAUGGAGGCCAUGAUGAUGAUGGGUAUACUGACAGUGCUAUUGCCCCAUUGAGUCUAGAUGAGGAUGUCGUCCCAUUGGGUCUAGAUGAGGAUGUCACCCCAUUGAGUCUAGAUGAGGAUGUCGCCCCAUUGAGUCUAGAUGAGGAUGUCGCCCCAUUGAGUCUAGAUGAGGAUGUCGCCCCAUUGAGUCUUGAUGAGGAUGUCGCCCCAUUGAGUCUAGGUGAGGAUGUCGCCCAAGUAUGUCUGGAUAAUGGCACAUAUACACACUUAAGUCUGGAUCAUUCCUACGCAAGUUAUUCAAAUGUGGACGAUUUGAAAAUCAAUCAGGAUCAUUCAGAUUCAGAGGUCAUUGAGUUGCCUUACCACAUCAAUAUGGAUACGUAUAUAACAUAUAACACACUUGAUGAAAGUGAAGAACCACUGAACUUAUUUGACACCCUGACUCGAGAGAUAAAGAAAGAGCUGUCAACACCAUAUGUGUGCAUCUCAGCUGAGGACAGCAUUGACAUUUUGGAAUUUUACAAAGUGAAUGGGAAGAUUAGUGUCAAGAUAAGUGUGAGCAUCAACAGAAAAUUCCAAGCAAGGAUACUAGUUCAUCAAAAAGAAGUUCUUGCUAGUCAUGAUUUUUGGACUGGUCUUCCCUCGCGAUAUGACUCUUAUAGCAAAUUUUCCAGUCUCAUGUCAAAAUUGAAGAAAUAUGUUGUUUGCAUUGGAAAUCCUGACAAGGAAUUUGAGACACUGGUUCCAGUUGGCAGUGGGCUUAGUGGCAGUGGGUCGUCAGAAAUAAUUGCCUAUAGAGAGGGAGACUUUUGUGCCCAGUUAGGGGACCUUACAUAUAAUUCAACAAUUAGGUUAGUUGACUGCGGAUUGCUGGUUGAGGGAACUAGAUGUUCAAAGUGCUCGACAUAUAGACGUUACCUGUGGGAAAGGAAACAUAGGAUGGAAGCUAAGUCCAAACAUAUGCAGAAGAACCUUCUCAGCAGCACUUACAAACAUAAAGAUAUGACAAGGGAAAUGCUGAUAGAGAAGAUAAGGCAACAAAAGACUUGUUUGAACUCGCUUCAACAUGAGGUCGAUCGAAAUCGACGCAUCAUCAAACAACAGAUUGUACAGUCAGAAACUGAUGUAAUAUAGGUCUCUGAGUGAGUCAUGGCCAAUGUCCCAACAAAGAUUAACCCUAGUAAGAUGAUCCAGUGACAAAGCAUGAUAAUAUAUAUUACAGUAUAAUUUAUAACAUGAAUUCAAUUUUUUAAGAAAAGAAAUCAAGGGUUCCAUUGGAAGGCGCAAAAUCGCUAUCAAGGAGGUCCAGAAGAAAUAGACCGACGACUGAUUUAUUUGAGAUUGAGUGAGAUUAUGAGAUUAAGUCAAAAAAAUUUCUUUAAUGUGAUUCAAAAGUCAAAAUGUACUUUUUAUAUAUUACACACUGCAUGCAGCAAGAUAACGCAGUCACAAAUAGAAAUUUGUGCUACUAGAGACGGAGAAAAUUUUCGUCGUCUCUUGUCAAACUUUUGUUUCAAAAACUUCUUUCAUUCCCUCUGUCUUAAAAUGUUGGAACUCUCUUCCGUCUGAUGUUAAAACCGUCAUUGCAAAAACACUUGCACGGACCUUCCACCAAAGUACCAUUAUACUACUCUUGAUGCAGACAAGGUCAGAUCCUCCAUGCGAGACUAAGAGUGGAAUGUAGCUCCCUAAAUAGCCACCUUUACUCGAAAGGCUUAGUUGAUAGUCCUCUCUAUUCAUGCAGACUACCGAAUGAAACAUAUUUCUACUAUAUUUUCGAUGCCCACUAUACGUUAUUUGGAGAUGAAAACCUCUCUUUCGAAGAAAAUAGGAAUUGUUUACAUGUAUUCAAAAGUUUAUAAUUGCUACUAAACACUUUUGAUUUGAUACAAAAUAUGUUCGUUACUUUCAUCACUUUGGAAAUUACUACCUCAGUUUAACGAUUCAUUUGGUACCCUGUAUUAUAUUCCCUAAUAUAAAUAGAGAUAAUUAUACUCAUGAAAGAUUAAAUGUUGUUAAUCGUUCCACCUAUCCCCUCUUCCCUGCACACCCACUCCUUCUAGUAAUAUUAAGGUUUAUAUAUGAUCACAUCUUCUUUUUUUCUCUCGGAUUUCGUUUAUUGCUGUCCAUCUCAAUAAUGUAAAUUCCAAUUGAAGGAAGUGGACUAGUAUAAGCUUUCAACCUUGUUUCCAUAUCCUGUUUCUGUUUGUUGAUACAAAAAUGUUGUCAUAUGCUCUAUCAAAAGAAACAAAAUAAAGUUUACAUUAACCCAUCACAAAACUAUUGUCCAACCAGUUCCCAUUGUGGGACUUAUAUAUACGCACAUGAAUGCCAACAUAUCAGAGACCGAAAAUUCCGCUAAUUAUUGGUUUUGCAUAAAUUGCAUAUUCUUAUAACAAAUGUAUCGUAAUUAUUACGAAUAAAGAGUAUGUUAACCAUAGAAGAUUUCAAAGAGUUUAUCUAGUUUGAAAAUUACAGAAUGAAAAUCAAAAUCUAAUCUUCUUGAAAGAGAAAUCAUUGUAGUGAGUUUGUUUAUCUUUUUUAAAAUUAACAGAAGCAAUAUAUAAAUACUCACCUAGCUUGCAUUUGACAAUCACAGAAAAAAAAUCUCUGAAAAGCCAAUUAAAGUUAAUUAGACUGUGUAGCAUUUUUUAGAGCGAUUUUCAAACAGAUAAACGACCUGUCAGAAAAAAAAGUUCAUGAAAGAAGAUAUUUUCUAAAAAAUGCAUAUACUUUUUAGCUCGUCUCUUCAAAGAAGAGUGAGAGCUUAUGUCGUCACUCCGGCGUCGGCGUUGGUUUUCAAAAUGUUA